CGUUUUUGCAGCUUUAUUUCUGCAGGGGUUCUGAAAUAAUUUCCUAGUUAUUAUGCAUUCAUAUUUUUCCCUUCACACCCUGUACACGCCCAGCAGCCAGGGGAUAAGAGUAGCAGUGCAGCAGGGACUGAGCAUUGUGCAGAGCAGAGCCCUUACACCAGCCGGCUUCAGCUCUGCUCCUCGUGCCCAUGUCCCACAGUACCAUGAAGGGUUCUGCAGCUGCUCUUCUCCUCCUGGCCCUCUGCUCUUUGGCCGUGGACUCUUCUCCUAUUGGCAGUAGUGAUGACAUUCCCUUAAGCUGCUGCUACAGUUAUGUGUCACAUCCGAUCCCUUACAGCCUCAUCGCCUCUGUCUAUGCCACCAGCAGCACCUGCUCCCAGCCAGCAGUGAUUGUGGUCACCAAGAAGAAGAGGGAGAUAUGCGCAGACCCAAAGCAGUUAUGGGUGCAGGCACUCCUGGAGCUAUCCAGAAGAGAAAAGCUGCUCUCCCACCGCUGUGAAGGAAGUGAAAACACUGAGAUGAUGCACAAAACAUCAAGUGCUUGUUAAUGAAUCAGGAGCUCUGAUGCCUAAAUAAAACCCCUUGCACUAGAAAAUUAGGGAUUAUAUGGUUUAUUUGCGAAACCAUCUUCAGUCCACAUCCUUCC